UCGCCCUCCUCUCCCCGGCGGACUCCGCCCCGGCUUCUCUUUUUUUUCCACGGAGGAGGAAAAGGAGAGCCACGCGAGGCCCAGCGCAGGUGGAGAGAGGCGGAGAGAGGGAGCCCAGAAGGGAGGGAGGGAUGCCCAGAGGAUGCGGCGCCCACUGAGCUCCCCACGCGAGACCAUCGGCGGUUUUGUUCCUUCUCCUCCUCCUCCUCCCUCUGCGUCUUGAGCCUGGGCUGUGGGCUCCUCCAUGCCCGGAUUGCACCCAACCCUGGGGACACCCACGGAGAGGCACAGAGUCAGCAGCAGUAGCAGCAGCAGCAGCCCCACUCACGACCCGGGCGCUCUUUUCUCCCCCGCAGAUGGGACGCCGGGCCGAGCGAAGGAGGACGAGGAGGGCGUGAGCCUUGAAGGGGAGAGCGGCUCUUCCAGCCAAGCUGCCGUGAAGUUCUGUGUCUCCUUGCGGGUUCCCCAGACCAUCCCCAUGGACCUGAGGAUUGGACAGCGACUUGCCAAACCUGGCCCAGAUACAGCUUUGCUGGCCCUGAAGCAGACACAGCUACAGCACCAGCUUUUUCUAGCAAGCUUGCACCAGCAGCAAGUGGAGCAGCUCACCCAUCCACACCUGCGGGUGCCGAUGGAGCCGCCAUCUCAAGAACCCGUCCCUGGAAAGCAAGAGCAGGAAUUGCGACUCCUCUUGAAUAAAGACAAAAGCAAACGCAGUGCUGUUGCAAGUAUGGUUGUAAAGCAGAAGUUGGCAGAGGUAAUCCUGAAGAAACAACAGGCUGCUCUGGAGAGGACCAAUGCCCCUGUCAUGUCCUACAGGUCCUUGGAGCCAAUGGAACAUGAAACCCCAGUCAAUCCUGUGCUUUCCAGUUUCUUCCCUCCUGUCUCAAACAGUUCCGGGGACUCUCCAGAACAUUUCCCAUUAAGGAAAACAGCAUCGGAGCCCAACCUGAAGCUGCGCUAUAAGGCUAAAAAGGCUGGUGAGCGGCGCAAAAACCCACUGACCCGCAAGGAAAGUGCACCCCCUUCCUUGAGGAGGCGUCCUCCAGAAGCCAUUGAUUCAUCUCCCAGCAGCAGCAGCACCCCAGUCUCCGGCUGCAGCUCACCCAAUGACAGUCUUGUGCCUGAACACGGGGCCCUUCCACCAGCACCAGGACUCAUGCAAGAGACACCACUAGCUCAGCGCCUGAGAAUGCAAGAGAGCUCAUUGGCCCAGUUUGCUCUUCAGACCAGUGGCUCCCUCCCAGCGCUUACCCUUGGACUGCCAGCCACUUCAGCAUCACCUGUCCGGGGAGAUGGAGAUCACAGGACACUCCCUGGCCUCGCACACAAGGUUCCUGUCCUCACCAGCACCCAUGCGCCUGUGUUUCUGUCCACCAGCUUAGAGCAACAUGACCCAGGAAGCCCCCUGUCCACUCGACUCCAGCCUGUGAUCAUCCUAGAGCCCUCACUCGCCCAUUCUCCUCUGGUGACAGUUCCAGGUCUGGGAACAGUCCCCUUUCACUUCAGCCAUUCGGUGCUUCCCCCGGAGCGGCUCUCGGUGCCAAUCCACAAGCCCUUGGGACGGACGCGCUCAGAGCCUCUGCCACCCAGUUCCAGAGCCGUACAACAACAGCUGGCCUACCAGCAACACCACACCCUUUUCCUCGAGCGGCUGAAACACCAGACACCUUUGGGCAAGCGCAUGUCCAAGAGUGAGAAGCCUCGGUUGCAGCAGAUCCCCUCUUCCGAAGAUAUGGAAGCAGAGGCAGGAGGAGAUGUGAGUGACCUUCCUCCAAGCCAGGUGGAGCCUUCAUCAGCAGGAACUGGCACUAAGGAGGCAGAAAGGAGCGCCAGGUUGGGUCAGCCCCAGGAGGAUCAUAUCUUUCAUCAGACCCAGUAUACCUGGGAGAAGCACCAACAGCGUGGCCAGCAGCACCAGCUUCUUCAGAGGCAGCCUGCUUCUGAUUCCCUGCUGAUCCCUGCUGCCCGUGGAAGCCACCGGCCACUUUCCAGAGCUCAUUCGUCACCAGCCCCAGCUACUGCAUCCCUACCCAACCAGGACACAUCUUCCAAGGCCCUGCCACCACCAGUGCAAGAACAGUCCACCAAACCACGGUUCACCACAGGAAUUGUGUAUGACUCGGUCAUGCUGAAGCACCAAUGCUCCUGCGGGGACAAUAGCAACCAUCCUGAACAUGCUGGCCGCAUCCAGAGCAUCUGGUCUCGACUGCAGGAACGGGGCUUACGCAGCCAGUGUGAGUGCCUCCGGGGACGCAAGGCCACUUUGGAGGAGCUGCAGUCUGUUCACACCGAGCGUCAUGUGCUGCUGUAUGGCACCAACCCCCUCAGCCGCCUGAAGCUGGACAAUGGGAAAUUGGCAGGAAUCCUGUCCCAGCGAAUGUUUGUCAUGCUGCCUUGCGGUGGAGUUGGGGUGGAUAGUGAUACCAUUUGGAAUGAACUGCACUCCAGCAACGCAGCACGAUGGGCUGCUGGUAGCGUCACAGAACUGGCCUUUAAAGUGGCCAGUCGGCAACUGAAGAAUGGCUUUGCAGUAGUACGGCCUCCAGGACACCAUGCAGAUCCCUCAACAGCCAUGGGCUUCUGUUUCUUCAAUUCUGUGGCAAUUGCAGCCAGGCAGCUCCAGCAGAAAGGGAAGAUCAAUAAGAUUCUUAUUGUAGACUGGGAUGUUCACCAUGGCAAUGGAACACAGCAGGUGUUUUACCGAGACCCAAAUGUCCUCUAUAUCUCUCUACAUCGGCAUGACAAUGGUAACUUCUUCCCUGGAAGUGGAGCAGCUGAUGAGGUGGGCUCUGGUGCUGGUGAGGGCUUCACAGUCAACGUCGCUUGGACAGGUGGCCUUGACCCACCCAUGGGAGAUCCGGAGUACUUAGCUGCUUUCCGGACAGUUGUGAUGCCAAUUGCCCGCGAGUUCUGCCCUGAUGUGGUGCUGGUGUCUGCAGGCUUUGAUGCAGCCGAAGGCCAUCCUCCCCCACUCGGUGGCUACAAAGUUUCAGCCAAAUGUUUUGGCUACAUGACCCGACAGCUGAUGAACGUGGCUGGAGGGGCCCUUGUUCUUGCGCUGGAAGGAGGUCAUGAUCUGACUGCCAUCUGUGACGCCUCUGAAGCAUGUGUCUCCGCCCUGCUGGGUAAUGAGCUGGAACCCCUUCCAGAGGACACUCUACAACAGAAACCCAACACAAAUGCGGUGCACUCUUUGGACGUGGUGAUUCGGGUGCAAAGCCAAUACUGGAGCUCUGUGCGGCGCUUUGCCUCCACCGUGGGCUACUCAUUCCUGGAAGCCCAGCACCACGACACGGAAGAAGUGGAGACUGUGACAGCACUGGCCUCACUUUCUGUGAUGGCUGAAAAAAGGCAGCAGGAUGAGCCUAUGGAAGAAGAGCCUAUGAACCAAUGAAGAUCUGUUUCAUCCUCCCAAUGGGAACAGAAUGUCCUUAGUGGUUCAUUCCUCAUAACACAGUCCUGGUCCAUUGCAUAGCCCAUAUUACUGUGACUCCCAAGGCUGGAAAAUACAUUCAACUGUUGCAAUACCAGCUGUGUGGAAGGGGCAUGUGGCAGAUCAUCCAGGAUUAGUAGGUCCCCCUUGGGGGCUGCCACAUGCGAAACUCCACAUUCCAAGAAGGAGUCCCAGAACUGUGGUCCUCCUGUUGGAGAACCAGCUUGGAUUAAAACUCUGACAACCAACAGUGCUUGGUGGGACACAGGAGACUGAAUAUGGACUGCAAAACUGGAGAGUUUACUCCGACGUUGGGGUGGUGCCUUUUCCCCUCCAGAACCAAAGAGGCCCCACGGAGAGAUCCUGCUGGGGCAGAGCCAGGGUUUUAUUGUCCUUAUUCUCUUUUUUUCUAAGCAAGACUUCUUCCCUUCUUGAAAGAAGCUGGACCUUUACAACAGGAGAACUUUAAAAAACAACUAUUGGAUUUCCAAUACUUUGCAACAUCUUUAAAGAGUCACCUAGGCCAGUUCCUGCUUCAACCACUGUCCCAAACUUUCCCCUUUUGUUCUAGGACCUCCCUAAUUUGCACUAUAUACAGAUCAUUACAGACACAGACUUUUAUCUGGUUCCCCACAGGACUUUGUGGGAACAAACCGAAUCUCCUUUCGGACUCAAGCCCUCAAUGUACCAUUCCUCAACAUACCAUGUAAAUAUGCAGCCCGGUGGUGUUUGUGGCUGGUUGAUGUGCCUCUGAUCCUUGAACAUAGGCCAUUCUUAUUCCAAAAACAAUUUUUGAGGGCGGGAAUGGGGAGGAAAGAACGUGGGGAGGGUAAUGUGUUCUCUGUUAUCCCAGUCAAUAUGUGGAAUUCAAUUUCUUGUCAAUCUUAGUUGUUUGGGUGCUUUGUUGGUCUUCCCCUCCCCCCUUUGUCAAAACACACACAAAAAAAAAACACAGCCCACACAAGCUUCUAUCCUCAUGAUGUGUUUGAAAACAAGCAGGCAUUGCACCUAUAAAUGCUCUGUUAUUUUGAUAAGUGGCAUGUGUGAUCUACAUCGCUGUGACUUCUUUACAACUUUUCUUGAAAAGCACCCACUUCUCAUCUGUCAGAACUGCCAAUUUGUCAAAAAGUGUCCUACAAGAAAACACGACUUGGUAUGUAAGAAAAUUACAAGUAGACAUCAUGCAGAUGAACAUGUGCCAGUCCCACACACUUCUGUUUCUCAUUGUGAAUUGGAAAGCUGCAAAUGAUGGUAGUGAAACCAUUUCACACACAGGAAGACCAUCAUGGCUCUCAAUCUCACUGCCAGUGGCCAAAUUGGGAGUGUGGACAGAGCAAAAGUGGAGAGAAAGGCUGCAUUUGGUGGAAAGGGGAGCAAGGUAUAUGCUAAAGGAUGCAGUGUAUAGAACACAUAUAGAAGAAACUCCUGGAUCUAAACCAGCCAGUAAAUUGAGCAUUUGCUACAGCUCAAACAUGCUAUUUUUUCCAUCAAACAGCAGGACUUCAUAUAUUAAAGCUCAACUUCUAUUCCUAAGCAGUGCAGUUGGGGAUACUCCUACUAUGCACCUGGAGACAUGAGGUAGUGGGUUUCAGUCAAAACCAUGAAGCCGGGAAAAGGACGGGGGGUAGAAGAAAGUAUUGGAGUCUUACAGUGGUAACCAGAGUAUUUAAAGUGUUAGCCCCAACACAGGAGUAGACAGCACAUAUAUGGAGGUCCAGUCAUAUGUUUUGGCCUGACUGCACCCAUUUGCUGUUACUGCCAAUAAAAUCCCACUGCUGAAAUUCAAAAA